GGCACUUGCUCCACAAUGCCGUCUCCCUGCGAAAGAGAACGGAAGCGCAAUGGACGAUAAUGGAGGGGCAUCACCCGCGCCAAGCCCAACCGCAGAGCUCAGCCUGUACUUUGUCGGUACCUGAGCUCUGUGCCCCGCGAGACAUGGAAGCACUUAGCAGUACUUGCAUCGAUCGUACCGACUGAACUGGCAUUGAUGCAACUGCCAUUGCGUCUCACCACCACCAAUUGGCCCAGCCAUCUCCUUUUUUCCCUCCCCAUCUUCCCCAUCCUCCCGACCGCUCCCUUGUUUCAUGUGAAACGGAAUUGAUUCGCCGGACCAGGGCCAUGGCUUCGAUUAACGAUCUGGCGACGGCCGCUACGGCCCUCGUCGACCCCGCCACAGCACCACCAACCGCAGCCGCAGCCGCAGCCGCCGCCGCAACCGCAGCCCCGCACCCGUCAUUGCCCGAUCCGGCCCAGUCCCGGACCGAUGACCGCCCCGGCGCCGGCGGUGAGCCUGCCGUGGCCCGGGGCGCACUCGUAGUGCUCGAAGGGCUCGACCGCAGCGGCAAGACGACGCAGGUCAAGCUGCUGGAGCAGCGCUUUGUCGAGCUCGGGCGCAAGGUCAAGGUGAUGCGGUUUCCGGACCGCACGACGCCAAUUGGCCAGAUGAUCGACUCGUACCUCAAGAGCCAGGUCGACAUGGACGACCACGUCAUCCACCUGCUCUUCAGCGCAAACCGAUGGGAAGCAGCCAAAACCAUCCUCUCCCACCUCACCACCAACACCACAGUCCUCCUCGACCGCUACUACCACAGCGGCGUCGUCUAUUCCGCCGCCAAACAGAACCCCUCUUUAACCCUCCCCUGGGCACGUGCGCCCGAGGUGGGCUUACCGCGCCCCGAUCUCGUGCUCUUUCUGGACCUGGACGAGGACCAGGCGCGGGCGAGGGGCGGGUGGGGCGGCGAGGCGUACGAGCGGGCGGAGAUGCAGCGGCGGGUGAGGGAGCUGUUUUGGGGGCUGAGUUUGGGGAAGAUUGGGACGGCGGAGGUGGGGGUUGGGAGGGUGGGGAGGGGAGAGGGGGGGGAGGAGGGGAGUGGUGAUGGUGAUGGGAGUGGUAACGGCGGUGGUAACGACGGCGUUGGUAACGGCGGCGGGAGUGGUAGUGGGAGUGGUAGUAGGAGUGUUGGUGGUGGGAGUGGUAGGAAUGUUGGUGGUGGGAGUGGGAGUGUAGGUCCCCGUGAGGAGAUUGCUGUUGGCCCGCCGUCUGCCGCUCAACCCCUUACCGGUGCGGAGUAUCGCUUUCGUCAGGAGGAGGAGGAUCUCCAUGUUAUUGAUGCCAGCCCGUCUGCGGAGGAGGUCGCCGAGGAGAUCUGGAAGGUGGUCAAGGCGAGGGUGGAGGAGGUGGAGAGGGGCCUUGUUGGGAGGGUUGUCAGGAGGGUUUCGUAAUGGUAAUGAGAGAGAAAAGGAUAUUGGCCUGGGAUUUCCAACCCGUGUAUGAGUAGCAAAAGCAAUGGGGUCGGGAGAUUGGUGGCCUCAAGU